AAACAAUCUCGUCUCACAAUUCUCUCAGGGCCUCAGGCCACUCACUCAUAUGCAUUUUCCUCAAAUUUACAAAAAUGAAAUACAAUCAAUUGGUUUUAAAUGAUAAUUGUAAAUACACUCCAAUAAUUGCAAGAGAAUUUUGGGAGAAACCUAUAAUUUUUAAAGGGUUAUAUUUUUGCAAUUACAUAUAGUUAUGUCGGGAUGUUUUUGUUGAUUUACGAAAAAGCUUGUGACCAAAAUUGAUAUUUAUUCAUGUUAAAAUAAACUCUAACUUAAAAAUAAAUAAAAAGAAAAAACAGCAACAACGACAACUUCAGUAUAAAACACACCUCACGGACUCUAUUAACCACACACCACAACAUCAUCGAAGCAAAAAAAUCUUGAAGGCAGCGAUUAUACAUGGCGGAGAAUAGAGAGGAAGAUGUUGAGGUUGGGGCGACUAGGUUCAUAGAGAAGCAGCCAUUGGGCAUAGCUGCUCAGACGCACAAGGAGAUCUACAAGGACGACGCACCGCACCCUCUUUAUGAGCACGGAGAGCUCAGAUCAUGGUCAUUCUACCGAGCCGGAAUCGCAGAGUUCGUAGCCACUUUCUUGUUCUUGUACGUCACUAUCUUGACUGUAAUGGGCGUCGGCCGAUCGCCCACCAAGUGCGCCUCCGUCGGUAUUCAGGGCAUUGCUUGGGCCUUCGGCGGCAUGAUCUUUGCUCUUGUCUACUGCACUGCCGGUAUCUCAGGAGGGCACAUCAAUCCUGCGGUGACAUUCGGUUUGUUCCUGGCUCGGAAGCUAUCGCUGACGCGGGCGGUGUUCUACAUGGUGAUGCAGUGCCUGGGCGCCAUCUGCGGAGCCGGCGUGGUGAAGGGCUACAUGAAGGCCCCCUACCAAGCGCUCAACGGCGGCGCCAACUUCAUCAACCACGGCUACACCAAGGGCAGCGGGCUUGGCGCUGAGAUCAUCGGCACUUUCAUCCUCGUCUACACCGUCUUCUCCGCCACCGACGCUAAGAGAAAGUCCAGAGACUCGCAUGUCCCCAUUUUGGCUCCUCUUCCGAUUGGAUUUGCUGUGCUGCUGGUGCAUUUGGCGACGAUCCCGAUCACCGGAACCAGUAUCAACCCUGCCCGCAGCCUCGGAGCUGCCAUCAUUUACAACAGAGCUCAUGCAUGGCACGAUCAUUGGAUCUUUUGGGUUGGACCGUUCAUCGGGGCGGCCCUCGCCGCCAUGUACCACCAGAUUGUGAUCAGAGCCCUCCCCUUCAAGAGUGGUAGGACUUGCUGAGAAAGCUGCAACGUCGUCGUAUCUAUCGUCUUUUGGCAAGUUUCGCAAGUCCUCCCUCUGCAACUUGUGUGUAAAUCAAAGGUUAUGUAUUAAUAUGCCUGUAUUUUCGAAUGGAUAAGCUCUCUAAUUUCUUUAUUUUUAAAGUUUGAGGUCCAUAUCCUAAAUCUACGUAUGGUAAAAGUAUGUCCGUAUCCAUUUGUAAUUGAAAAUUCUCAUCUCAACGAGUAUUUGCCU